UCGGAAGGAGCUUCGACGGAAGCGGUCUGGUCUGUCAGGGGAGGGAGAGAAAAAAAUUGACAGUAUUUAACUCACAGGGGUUAAAUUCGCCAAACAGCACCACUCAUACCCCCUCUUCCUCGGCACCGGCGUCCGCUGCGAUGAUCCUGUUAGAAAUUAAUAACCGCAUCAUUGAGGAGACGCUGACGUUGAAGUUCGACGGCGCAUCCAAUGGAACCAAACCAGAGGCUGUCGAAGUGACGUUUGCAGAUUUUGAUGGCGUCUUGUACCACAUCUCCAACCCCAACGGGGACAAGACCAAAGUGAUGAUCAGCAUCUCCCUGAAGUUCUACAAGGAGCUGCAGGAGCACGGAGCUGACGAGCUGCUCAAGAGGGCCUAUGGGAACUUCUUGGUUCCACCAGAGGCUGGCUACAACGUGUCUCUGCUCUACGACCUGGAGGCCCUACCAGCCAACAAAGAUGAGGUGAUCCACCAGGCAGGCAUGCUCAAGAGGAACUGCUUCGCCUCGGUGUUUGAAAAGUACUUCAAGUUCCAGGAGGAAGGCAAAGAGGGCGAGAAGAGGGCCGUGGUCCACUACAGAGAUGAUGAGUCAAUGUACGUGGAGGCCAAGAAAGACAGAGUGACGGUGGUUUUCAGCACGGUGUUUAAAGACGACGAUGACGUCAUCAUUGGCAAAGUCUUCAUGCAGGAGUUUAAAGAGGGUCGGCGAGCCAGCCACACGGCCCCCCAGGUGCUGUUCAGCCACAGGGAGCCGCCCCUGGAGCUGAAGGACACGGACGCCGCCAUCGGGGACAACAUCGGAUACAUCACCUUCGUGCUGUUUCCUCGUCACACCAAUGCCAAUGCCAGAGACAACACCAUCAACCUCAUCCACACCUUCAGGGACUACCUGCACUACCACAUAAAGUGCUCUAAGGCCUACAUUCACACACGUAUGAGAGCCAAGACGUCAGAUUUCCUCAAGGUGCUGAACCGCGCGCGGCCCGACGCCGAGAAGAAGGAGAUGAAGACCAUUUCUGGAAAGACAUUCUCUCGUUGAGGUCGAACCAUUGCUCAAGAGAUCCAAACUCCGGUGGAAACGCUCGAAAUGCGCCACUAAUAAACUCAACGCCACAUCGGACAGGACUUCAGGGCACCCCUCACCCAGCCUCCCAAAAUAAAAGAAAUUGUGUCCAGCUUUUUCUGUUUUUGUUUCAUUUUUUUUCCUUUUUUUUAUUUUAUUUUGUUUUAUUUUGUUUUUAAUUUUCGGUUUUGGAUGAGGAUUAAAGUCUACAUUGGGAAAGCCAAGGCUAAUGAUAAAUGACAAAAAAGGGCAUUCCUUGCUUUGCAUCGUUAAAGAGAAUUAUCAGUCCUAUAUAAAUAUAUAUAUAUAUAUGAACAAAAUGAAUAAAAUUUUUGAUACGAUAUUUUACUCCAUUUGGUACUCUUGCUUGCCCCUCAGCCCUUGCCUUGCAUUAUCCGUGUACUGGAUGAUUUCAGUUCCCUUCCUCUCUGUGCUUUCAUGUUGUCUGUACCAUCAUUUGAAAAAAAAAAAUGAAUAAACACUUUAAAAAUUG